AUUCACAACAACAAUCCUCUCAUUCUUCCAUAUAUUCAAUUCAUCAAAAUUAUUUAUCAUGAAUACUUCAUUACUUCGAGGAGAAUCAUCUACUUCUUCCAUGAAUAUUCAAUUGGUUGAAGGAGAAUCAUCUACUUCUUUCAUGAAUACUCCAUUACUUCGAGGAGAAUCAUCUACUUCUUCCAUGAAUAUUCAAUUGGUUGAAGGAGAAUCAUCUACUUCUUCCAUGAAUAUUCAAUUGGUUGAAGGAGAGUCAUCUACUUCCUCCAUGAAUAUUCAAUUGGUUGAAGGAGAAUCAUCCACUUCUUCUCAAACUCAAUGGAGCUAUGAUGUCUUUCUGAGUUUUAGAGGUGAAGAUACGCGCAAUAACUUCACUGGUCAUCUUUAUACCCGAUUGUGCCAAGUUGGAGUUAAUACUUUCAUAGAUGAUGAGGAACUGAGAAAAGGCGACGUCAUUUCAACCAAACUUGAGAAAGCAAUUGAAGAUUCUAGGAUUUCUAUUAUUGUUUUCUCAAAAAGCUAUGCAUCGUCUAGUUGGUGUCUUGAUGAACUCGUCAAAAUUCUUGAAUGUAAAGAGCAGUUAAAGCAGACAGUUUUGCCAAUUUUCUAUGAUGUUGAUCCUUCUCACGUGCGAAAGCAAACUGGGGAAUUCGGUAAAGCUUUUGUUACGCUCAAGGAACGAUCAUUCACAGAUGAAAGAGUGGAGAAAUGGAGAGCUGCAUUAACUGAAGCUGCAAAUUUAUCUGGAUGGGAUUCGCAAAAUGUUGCUGGCGGGCAUGAAUCAAAAUGUAUUGAAAGCAUUAUAAAACAAGUUCUGCAAGAGGUCAACCAGACACCUCUAGAUGUUGCUAGUUAUCCAGUUGGAUUAGAUUCUCGUAUCGAACAUAUAGAGUUGUUACUGCAAAGUGGAUGUGAAGAUGAAGUUCGCAUGGUUGGUAUAUAUGGCGUUGGUGGAAUUGGAAAAACAACUUUGGCAAAAGCCGUCUUCAAUAGACUAUUUCAACAGUUCGAUAGUAGUUGCUUCCUUUCAGAUAUUGGAUCAAAAGUUGAAGAAUUGGGUCUAGUUAAGGUACAAGAGAAAUUACUACAUCAAAUCCUUAAAAGGAUGGACUUCGAAGUUGGCAGUGUUGCUGAAGGUGUCAAUCUAAUCAAAGCAAGACUUGGAUCGAAAAAGGUUCUAAUUGUUCUUGAUGAUGUCGAUCAUAAAAGUCAAUUAGAAUCGUUAGCAAGAGAACGAAGUUGGUUUGGUUCUGGAAGUUUAAUAAUUAUUACAACCCGAAACAAACAAUUGCUAAGUGGGCUUGGAGCAAAUGAAAGGUAUGAGACCAAGAUUUUAAAUUACAAUGAAGCUAUGCAACUUUUCAGCUGGCAUGCUUUUCAAACUCCUUUUCCACCACAUGAUUAUGUUAAUUUGGCACAAGACAUAAUCGAAUAUUCAGGUGGGCUGCCAUUAGCUCUUGUGACAUUGGGUUCACGUUUGCAAGGGAGAUCCAUAGAAGAAUGGAGAUACGAAGCCAAUAAACUAAGAGGGGCUCAAGAAAGAGCAAUUCCUCAUCUUGAUAUUCAAAAGACUCUCGACACCAUAGGCUUGAUCGUGAUACUCAAAACCGUCGUUUCCUUGAUCUUGAUGUCCGUAGUGUAUUUCUUUUUCUUCAGAUCCUUUUCCUUCGUAUCGUCGAGUACGCGUUCCAUGGAUUUCCCCCAGAGGCAGAGUCAGCCUAGUAAUUGGGGGUUCGUUCGAACCCUCAACGGACAGACAGUGACGGAGCCACGAUUUUUAUUGAGGGGGCUCAAAAGUAUAUAUACAAACUAGUCGAAGGGGUUCAACAUCUA